CCGAAAUAAUUUCGGAACUAAACAAAGCCUUGGCUGAAAAGCCAUAGCUGAGACUACUGUUUGCUAAUCUGUUGUAAGAGAAAAAUACAGCUGAAUGGAUAAUAGAUUCGACUGAUAAGAAAGCAACAGGCUCAGCGGAGAAAAACAGUGCUAAAUGAAUAGUGACUUCUUGCUAAUUACUAUUUGAAUUUUUGCCAAACAUGUCCCAUAUGGGGAAGAUUGCUUCUAGUGAAGCGGUGGACGGUCACCGCUGCGACGUGUCCAAGUGCUCUACCACCGCUUGCCCAUUUUAUUUGAUCCGAUCUUGAUGGAACGGCCCAAUUUUUUAAAAUUUAGCCAUUUUUUUGAAAAAAAUUCUCUUUUAGACCUCUAGAAAACGUAAUCUCAGUUUUGGAUCCAGUGGGUCGACGCCAUGCUUCGUGGCGUCAAGGUUACACGCCUUGACGCCAUGGAUCCCGGCGUCGAGGUCCCUGGCUUCUGACGUGGCGGUUUACACGACCAAAAAAACAAAAAAAAACCUCGACGCCGUGGAUCUUGGACGCCGCAGAUCACGGCGCCAAGGGCCUCGGCCUCGGCUCCAUGCACUCUGUGCUUUUCCUCUCCUGGGCACUGCUCAUUUGGUUCACCAGCGUCGUCGUCCACAAGCGGAUUUCCAACGGCGGCGAGUCCUUCACCACCAUGCUCAACGUCGUCAUUGCUGGCCUGUCGCUCGGCCAGGCGGCGCCGAACAUCUCGACGUUCCUGCGGGCGAGGACGGCGGCGUACCCCAUCUUCCAGAUGAUCGAGAGGAGCACCGUGAACAAGGCGAGCUCCAAGAUCGGCCGCACGCUGCCCGCGGUCGACGGGCACAUCCAGUUCCGCAACGUCCACUUCAGCUACCCGUCACGGCCGGACGUCGUCAUCCUCGAUAGGUUCAGCCUGGACUUUCCGGCCGGGAAGAUCGUCGCCGGGAGCGGGUCCGGCAAGAGCACCGUCGUCUCGCUCAUCGAGCGCUUCUAUGAGCCGCUGUCCGGCUCCAUUCUGCUUGAUGGGCACGACAUCAAGGAGCUCGACGUCAAGUGGCUGCGCCGGCAGAUCGGGUUGGUUAAUCAGGAGCCGGCCCUGUUCGCGACGAGCAUCCGCGAGAACAUACUCUACGGCAAAGGCGACGCCACUAUGGAGGAGAUUAACCACGCGGCGAAGCUGUCAGAGGCGAUCACAUUCAUCAACCACCUCCCUGAUCGGUACGAGACGCAGGUCGGCGAGCGAGGGAUACAGCUCUCCGGCGGCCAGAACCAGCGCAUCGCGAUCUCGAGAACCCGUCGAUACUGCUCCAUCAGCGCCUUCGUCGGGUUUUUGGAUGACACAGCUCGGCGCCGUGAUCUGCGGCGUCGAGCUCGGCGCCAAGAUCCACGGCGUCGAGGUUUUUUUUUUGUUUUUUGGUCGUGUAAACCGCCACGUCAGAAGCCACGCUGCGCAGAAACCUCGACGCCGUGUUCCAUGGCGUCGAGGCGUGUAACCUCGACGCCAUGAAGCAUGGCGUCGACUCUCUGGGUCCAAAACUGCGAUUAAGUUUUCCAGAGAUCCAAAAGAGAAUUUUUUUUAAAAAAAAGGCUAAAUUUUAAAAAAUUGGGAUGGAACGGCU